AAAUAUCCCACCGAUUCUCUAUGCCACCUCUCUCAUUCAUUCUCUGUCUUUCUUCCCACCUUUGAAUCAAUUAUUGCGACAGAACGUUCUGGUACUCUGUUUAUCUCCGUUUGUUUUUCACUUCAUGGGUGCGGGUCUCUCUGCUCUGUUCACCGGUGGCUCUCUUUCUCAAUUGCCGGUGAGACCCAGUUUAGGAGACUUGCCGGAGAGCUGUGUGGCAUCGAUUAUUGGGUAUUUGGAUCCGCCUGAGAUAUGCAAAUUUGCAACGCUGAACAGAGCUUUUAGAGGGGCUUCUUGGGCUGAUUUUGUGUGGGAAGAAAAACUGCCCCCCAAUUAUCGAAUUCUGUUCGGAGAAGUCUUUGGUUCUGUUCCCGUACAGUGGGGUAAGAGAGACAUCUAUACGAGACUUUGCAGACCUCAUACUUUUGAUGAUGGUACCAAGAAAGUAUGGCUUGAUAAGAGCACAGGUGGUGUUUGUCUGUCGAUUUCUGCAAGAGGAUUGUCCAUAACAGGAAUUGAUGAUCGAAGAUAUUGGAAUCAUAUUCCUACUGAGGAGUCUAGGUUUUGACUGCUUCCACGUUCCACAAUUCUGGCGGCUUUGAGUUGUUUCAGGGUAAAAGCAGAUUCAUUUAUCUCAACCAUUACUUCUCAUCUUGUGGAUGUGUAUUUGACUAUAUUUAAUUCUUAGGUGAGAUCUUGUUAUGCAUGGCAACAUUUCUUGAGAAUUUAUGUUCUGAUUUGGCAUGUCAUUUUAUACUUUACAUUAUCAUCAACAAAUUUGUUCUUAGCCUUUUGAAUUUCAACCUAUGUGCAUCUCAUAAUCAUAGAAAUUCUUUCACAAAUAAACGUUUACAUGAAUCUAUGCAUUACUGUGGUCCCAUCAUGGGGAUUUUUACUUCCCACUGAUUAGUAAUCCCAAAUAUGCAUUUUAGUAUAGCAUGUAAACUUCCAUUUCAAAUUAAUAAUUCUAUGAUGUAUUUCCUCUUGACAUGGCUUAAGGAUCAAGUUUUUGACUUGUAUUGAGGGCGUGCACUCAAUGUAUGUUGAAUUCAGCUAAAGGGAUUGAUCGAAAUUGAUUAAUCUCUUUGUGCUCCAUGUCUUGAGUCUUACAUCUGUGUACUGAAAUUGAGCACCGAAGAUGAUUUCAAGUUCCUUUUUUUGUAUGUGCUAGGUUCUCUUCUGUUGCAUAUCUUCAGCAGAUCUGGUGGUUUGAGGUUGCCGGGGAGGUUGAGUUUCCGUUCCCAGCAGGCACUUACAGCCUAUUCUUCAGACUGCAGUUGGGGCGUGCCUCUAAGAGGCCGUUUGGACGCAGAAUCUGCAACACCGAGCAUGUCCAUGGUUGGGAUAUAAAACCCGUACGAUUUCAGCUAUGGACUUCAGAUGGUCAGUAUGCUGCAUCUCAAUGUACUUUGAGUGAUCCGGGGACAUGGAUUCACUACCAUGUGGGGAACUUUGUUGUUGAGAACUCUAGCGCACCCACAAAGAUUAAGUUCUCAAUGACCCAAAUUGAUUGCACACAUACUAAAGGUGGUGUCUGUCUAGACACUGUGGUGAUAUACCCAAGUAAAUUUAGAGAAAGGUUAAAGCAUUUUUGAAUAGCACUUUAACCUUGUUUAUGUAGGCCAGCACCCUCAGCUCUGUGUUUUUAGUUUAUAUAGAGCUAUGCAUCUUCGACGGCUAGUAUUCUCAAGUACUUCCAGUUCAGUGUCUCUUUUAGCGUUAGGGUCAUUUGCAUCCAAGCAAGCAAUGUGUAUAAUCAACUUGUAAUUUUCUUUCACUUUUGAUGUUCCCUUCUGUAUGAAAAAUUUUCAAACAAGGACAAUCAGUGUGUAUGACAGAAACUGCGUGUUUAGUGUAUGAAAAAAUUUAGGAACAAGGA